AGGAGGUGGCAGAAGCUAAAAGACCAAAGACCACUUCACGGAUUAUCUGCAGCUGCAGCAGCGGGAAACUAGUCACCACCCAGCGGGACCAUGUCUGACAAGCGGCCCGUAGCGACCGACACAAAAAGCCGGCGGCUCCCGGACUCCUUCAAUGAUAACCCCAGUAAGGGCCUUGGUUGUUGCGGAUGGAUUCUGGUGAUUGUGUCCUUCAUCUUCACAGUCAUUACCUUCCCCAUCUCAGUCUGGAUGUGCAUAAAGAUCAUAAAGGAGUAUGAGAGAGCUAUCAUCUUCAGACUGGGGCGAAUUUUACAGGGAGGAGCCAAAGGUCCAGGGCUCUUCUUUAUCCUGCCCUGCACUGACAGCUUUAUCAAAGUGGACAUGAGGACCAUUUCGUUUGAUAUUCCUCCUCAAGAGAUUCUCACUAAGGACUCUGUGACUGUCAGUGUGGAUGGAGUGGUCUAUUACCGUGUGCAGAACGCCACCUUGGCAGUGGCUAACAUCACCAAUGCUGACUCAGCCACCCGCCUCCUGGCACAGACCACCCUGAGGAAUGUCCUGGGCACCAAAAAUCUCUCUCAGAUCCUCUCUGACCGGGAGGAGAUUGCCCAUAACAUGCAGGCCACUCUGGAUGAUGCCACAGAUGACUGGGGGAUAAAGGUAGAGCGUGUGGAAAUUAAGGAUGUGAAGUUACCUGUGCAGCUGCAGAGAGCCAUGGCUGCAGAGGCUGAGGCUUCCCGGGAGGCCCGAGCCAAGGUCAUUGCUGCAGAAGGGGAGAUGAAUGCUUCUAGGGCCUUGAAAGAAGCAUCAAUGGUCAUCACUGAGUCUCCUGCUGCUCUCCAGCUACGCUACCUGCAGACCCUGACAACCAUUGCUGCAGAGAAAAACUCAACCAUUGUCUUUCCGCUGCCCAUAGACAUGCUUCAGGGCAUUGUCGGGGCAAAGCACUAGGCUUGCCUAGGACUGGGCAGAGCUGAGCUGUCCAGAAGGAAGGCUGAGCUGGCAAACCAAAAUAGCCUUCAGCCUGCAAAGAGUGAAUGGGGUGAGGGAGCUUUCACCCCUUCCUUCUUCUUCCCUUUCUUCUCCUUCCUGUCUUGAUAUAUGCUGAGUUUGAUGUGCUUAGAAUAUUAGCAAUCAUAAGGACAAGCCAGUGAAUUGUUAGCUUUGGUGACUUUUGAAAGAGAUCAGGGAGCUGGAUGGUUUAUGAUAUUUUACACUUUUCGUGCUUUUUGAUAAUCCUUCGGUAGCUCAAAUACUUCUUUUGGUUGAGUCUGUCUGUUGCUCAUCCCAGCAGCCCAGGGAAAGGGCAGGUACAGACUGACCUUCCAAUCGCCCUCCCUCUCUCCCCCUUCCCCACAUUUACUAAGCUCGGUCUAGAAAGUGAUAUCAGCACAUAAUGAAAACGCAGAGUAUUAGAACAUGAAAUGGUAGAGCUGGAAGGGACCUUUAGAGAUCCCAAGAUGACCUGUUGGACCAAAUGAUCUUUAAGACACCUCCUAGUUCCAAGUCUACAGUCUAGUUCAAUCCCUUCAUUUUACAUGGGAAGAAAUUGAGGCCUAGAGAGGAGAAAAGAUUUGCCUAAAGCCACACAGUGAGGGAAUAGCAGUGGCAGAGCCAUUUUGACCCUAAGUCUCUUGAAACCCAGGCUGGGGUCCUUGCUGUUGCCUCUUGCUAUGAUAGAGGACUCUUCCAAAGCCUACGCUAGUUAUCUUGCAGGAGCCCUACCUUCUCCAUUCCUUAUGAAAUUCAACCAUAUUUUGAACUCAGUUCCCUUUUGUUGAAAGAAGGCUCUUGCUUCUUCCUCACAGGGAGAGACUAGAGCGUUCAGCCCCUGCCCUUGCUACUAGAGAUAGCUCUAUUUUGAUGCCCUGCAAGACGUCAUUAGCCUCUCGUUACCAUGGCUGCAGAGACUGGUAGUCAUGGAAAUGAUAUCAUCAGAGGCCCAUUUCUGCCAUUCAGAAAGAUUAAGCUACCCUUUCUAAACCUCUAAGACCUUUUUGUGGAUCUGCCAUCAUUCUAUCCUUUGCAAAAAGAAGUUUGUUUUUUAAAAUUGAUCUGAGCCUCCUUAGUGAAUGAGCAACGUGUCAGCCUCCUUACAAAGCAGCUGAAACCCCUUCCCAGAAGUGCUUUAUUAUCUCAGACUUGCCUAUCUUCAAGCAUCAGGUUUAAAAUAGUUUUGUAUUCUGAUUUUUUAAAUUAACCUUUCUCUAACUUCUAUAAGCCAAUUUUUGUAGAUGUUUUUCUGUACCUUUAGGACUCAAUGUGGUUGUCUUUAAAAAAGAAAGAUAGAAAGAAAAGGUUAUGGAGAGACAUUGUACUUUAUAGACUUCAUGAUUCGUGUUAUAUAUCUAUAUACCACUGUGAAGUGUCUUUGAUUUGGGAGUACUUAUGGAACAAUUUCCCUUACCCAUUAUAAGUGUAUGCUGAGGGGGCGGCUAGGUGGCGCAUUGGAUAAAGCACUGGCCUUGGAUUCAGUAGGACCUGAGUUCAAAUCCAGCCUCAGACACUUGACACUUAACUAGCUGUGUGACCCUGGGCGAGUCACUUAACCCUCAUUGCCCUGCAAAAAAAAAAAAAGUGUAUGCUGAGGGUUCUGUGAGUGGGAGCAGCCUCUCUAUAUGUUCUCUGCACCCACUCUUAGAUCUAAAGCAAGGCCCAAUUCAUCUGAAAACUUCAAUUCCAUAUAAUCUGUUUGCUGGCUCUUCACUUUUUCCCCCAUCAUGCAUUUCACACUAAGAAAAUUAGUAAUACCUAGUAUUCUUCCUAGUAAUUAGUAAUUAGUAAUUAGUAAUUCCUAGUAUUCAGUGGUCUAUCUCAUACUUCCUCUGAGGCUUGAGGCUGACCUGGAAACAUCUUAGGGUGGAGUCUGCUUUGCACAAAGUCCUUUGUGGCUCCAGUUCUCAAGUUUAGACAUAGUCACUCAUUCCCCUGACUGAUUUGCCAUCAUUUUUUUUUCUUCCUUCUAGUUUAAAGAUUUUUUUUUCAUUUUCUUUGUGGGUCUCUGGGCUUUUUUCUUUUUAAAAUAUAGAACACAAAAUUCAUAGAUAUAUUUUUUUAACUUAAAGGGGUUUUUUGUUGUUGUUUUGUUACUCAAUUCUCAGAAAUUCUUUCCUCCCCUACCCCAUCCCUCACACUUUGAACUGUUAACCAAGAAAACUAUAUUCUGUGCUCAUUUCUGCCUCCCACUCAUGGAGUGUACUAUUUUCCACGGUCGUUUUAAAUCUAGAUUCCCAAGCUGCCUUCCCUUGUCUGUUUUGGAGAUAUAACAGAACAGUAGCUUUGGGUGGAAUAGCUCGUUAGGGACUGGACUGAAGCUGAAGACCGAGGAUUCUCCCAAGGUGACCGUAAUAAAUUAUUGUGUGCCUCUC